CUGAGGCCGCGUUCGUUUAAUCCUGCCAAGGCAGGGUUCGGUCUGGAUUAGGCCCCAAUCCCGGCCACUCAGCCCGGCGAUGGAAUUUUUCCAGCACAUCGAAUAUGUAGUCUUCGGUUAGGCCUCGGUGGGAUUUUCGUCCAGCCAAUCCCGUCUCGUUUCUUCUAACUCGGUAUGGAAAAACUUUCUCUCCACUUACCUCUGGAAGGAUUUCCACGAUGCGAGAGGAGGGGUGAGACCUGACAAGGCGAUCUGGAUGGCGCCCUGUGUGGCUUAACAGAACGGACAUGUAUUUGAGAAUUUGACAGGGAUUAAUCCGACCUUGGAUUGGGUGAAGCAACGGGAUCAACCCAAUCCUUUCCUGGAUCAGUUCCAUACUUGGAUUCGAUCCCUACAAAACGAACAAGGCCUGAAGGGGGAAAAAAGACACUCUCGCUCCCUCGCGACGGAUCCUCUAGCCCGCGGCGGAGCACUCCUCCCGUCCUCGGACCUACUGAAGCGAACAACCUCGAAGGAACCCCUCCUUUUCCUCCGCCGCUCUGGUGCACUGGCGUGGAGUAGAAAACCUUCCGGCAUCGAUCCGGACUUGGAUUGGCCCCUCUUGUUGGAACUGAAGAUGGAGAAGCCUGAUGAGACAAUGACGACUGGUGUUGUUGCAACUCUGCUGAAAUUUGUACGCAAAUGCGUCAUAGCUGUCCUCUCAUAUGGCCCGAUGCCUGAACACAUCGCGUUUAUAAUGGAUGGUAACCGUAGAUAUGCUAAAGUCAGAAGUAUGAAGAAAGGCACUGGUCACAGGAUGGGUUUCUCCGCUCUAAUUGCAAGUCUGCUAUACUGCUACGAAAUGGGUGUGAAGUACAUUACAGUGUAUGCGUUUAGCAUCGACAACUUCAAGAGAGACCCAAGUGAGGUGCAGUACCUGAUGGAGCUAAUGGAGGAGAAGAUCAAUGAGCUAUUGGAAAAAAGAGAUGUCAUCAAUAAGGUUAACUGCAAGAUCAACUUCUGGGGGGACUUGGACAUGUUGACUGAACCGGUGAAGUUAGCAGCUCAAAAGCUGAUGGAAAGCACCGCUGGGAACACUGGAUUGGUGUUCUCUGUUUGCAUGCCUUACAACUCGACUUCAGAGAUUGUGAAUGCUGUUAACGAGCUGUGUGCCGAACGGAGGGAUAUUGCCCACAAAGAGCACCUGGGCAACUGUAAUGGUCAUGCUGCAAUUAAUGGUGCACAUUCAGAUAUUUCCAUAGCUGAUUUGGAUCGCCAUAUGUACAGCCAUGGAUGCCCGGAUCCUGACAUUGUGAUCAGGACUUCAGGCGAGGCUCGACUCAGCAAUUUCCUUCUGUGGCAGACGACGUUUAGCCAUUUGCAGAAUCCAGACCCACUAUGGCCCGAGUUCUCUCUGAGGCAUCUUUCUUGGGCUAUAUUACAGUACCAGAGAGUUUAUCCUUAUGUAGAGCAAAACAAAAAACUAGCAAAGAAGCAGUUGUAAUCUCAUCUCCUGAGGUCACAAACAUAUCAAGCUCUUCGAACUUGUUCUGUCUUCCCACAUUCAUGGUUGAAGAUUUGAUUAUCCCGUGCAUUCCUCAGCAUCCACGGAUCCAGAAAACAAGGGCGACAAGAGUGUUCUGAAGCUUUGCUUAAAUUCUCCAUGGUUUUUGUUGGCACAAGGUGUAGAAUUCGGAUUAUACAUCAACAGGGCACACAUAUACCUAGAUCCUUUGAAAUUCAGACUUGUAAUUGGUUCAACGAUGAUUUUUGUUGGCGCAAGUUCUAGAAUUCAGAUCAUGUAUCAGCAGAGCAUAUAGAUAGACAGAGCAUGUUUGAACUCCCAACUGAUUCAUUGAUGAUCUCAUACUGGACGAAAUAAAUUAAUUGAAUGCAA